GUUAACAAUAAAACUUUUAUUAAUGAAUUUGCUUAUUUAACAAAAAAAAAAAGAAAAGAAAACUGCAGCUUAAUUCAUCUUGGCUACAUUCGAGCAUUUCAGGACGUGUUGCUCUAUAAAAAUAAAGGAAAAUUUCAUCAAAAAAGGCAGAUAUAUUACCUUGUGCAUCGAAGAAAGAAAACAAAGCGGAAAUCACCACGCGGUAAAACCGUUUGAAACGGAAAUAAACACAACUAAGUACAACAACCAUACAAACUAAACAACAUAAUGUCCGCUGUACGAAUGAAUGAUACGAACACGAUUGUUGAUCGUAUGGUCAACUUUCUGGUGGAGCAUGAGGAUAUGCGCACGAAGAGUUGGUUUCUCUCAAACGCACCCGGACCGCUUUUUAUGAUUUUGGCCGGCUAUUUGUAUUUCUGUUUGUAUGCAGGUCCACGUUAUAUGCGUGAUCGUAAACCGUUCGAGUUGAAGAAUACGUUGUUGGUAUAUAAUGCUGUGCAAGUGCUUUUCAGUUGGGUGUUGUUCUAUGAGGGUUACAAAGCUGGCUGGGGUGGUCACUACAAUUUCCGUUGCCAACCGGUCAACUAUGCGACAGAUCCGAUUUCCAUGAGGAUGGCGCGCGCUGUUUGGUUGUACUACAUUGCUAAACUGACGGAGCUGCUCGACACCGUGUUCUUCGUUCUGCGUAAGAAACAACGUCAAAUCUCAUUCCUACACUUGUACCAUCACACCUUAAUGCCCGUUUGCGCUUUCAUUGGUGUUAAAUAUUUCGCCGGCGGUCAUGGCACUCUACUCGGCUUCAUCAACUCUUUCAUACACAUCAUCAUGUAUGCCUAUUAUCUACUCUCAGCCAUGGGUCCCAAAGUACAAAAGUAUUUGUGGUGGAAGAAAUACAUUACCAUACUGCAAAUUAUCCAAUUUCUCAUCAUAUUCGUGCACACCCUCCAAAUUCAAUUCCAACCAAGCUGUGAUUUCCCCAAGCCAAUUGCUGCACUGCUCACAUUCAAUGCCGGCCUCUUCACCUACAUGUUCAGCUCUUUCUACAUCAAGAACUACAACAAGGAGGCGGCACAGAAGGCCAAGGCGGAUGCUGCUGCUGCUGCUGUCGCUGGCGUGAAACAGGAUUGAGGUGUUCAAUUUUACAGCUAUGCUUUGUCCUACAUUUAUUUCCUUACUGUUUGGCACUUUCUUUGUGCGCUGAUUUGCGUUACUGUUAUUCAGUGCGAUCGGCCACACUUGAUUAGACUGCGAGGGUGUUUUUUGUUAUGAAUUCUUAGAGAGCCGGCUAAAGUGAUUUGGUUGCCGAAAUGGAAUAGCACCUGUGACAGUUGACGAUAAAGGGUUGGUUUCAGUUAUGAUUUUCUUUUAAUUAAAUUUUAAGGAAAUCAGAAAAAAAAAUUAUAAUAAUAACAAAUGAAAAAAGAUCUUAUGAAAGCGUAGUUAGUGUACGAAAAUUAGCCAGUAGUUUUGUAGAUUUGUACUUGUACACACACAUUUACAGACAUACGUACAUACAAACAUACAUAUGUAUUUAGUUAAUAAAUUCAAUGUAAUUUAAUUUUAGCCUAAGGGUCACACGUAAUUGUAAGUACUCGUACAUUAUGUAUUUGUGUAGGUAAA